AUGGCUCUCCUCGAUACCCCGCAGAGCGUGGGAGGGCCGACUAUGUUCGGCAUGCCUAUGAAGCAGGUGUCCCUUAUCACGUUGACCUUUCAGAACUCUGCCCUAAUCCUCAUAAUGCAUUAUUCGCGAAUGAUGCCCCCGAACGGCGACCACCGGUAUUUCACAUCAACCGCCGUUUUCCUCACCGAGGUGAUCAAGCUUGCUAUCUCUUUGACGUUCGCCAUAUACGAGGUUUCCAGGAGUUUAGCUCCCUCCACCCCAGCGACGGUGCUCUUUGAGCAGAUAUAUAACUCGGUGUUCUCUGGAGAUGGGUGGAAAUUGGCUAUUCCCGCGACACUAUACACAUUACAAAAUACGCUACAGUACGUGGCAGUGGGCAACUUGGACCCGGUGCAUUUCCAAAUAUUGUAUCAGCUAAAGAUUCUCACAACGGCUCUCUUCACCGUGACCAUGCUCGGCCGAACACUAUCUGGGAAACGAUGGAUCUCGCUGGUUGUUCUAACAAUUGGCGUAUCGAUUGUUUCGAUUCCGUCCUCAAAUUCCAAGGACAACUCAUUCAUGAUCCACGACAUGACGGAUCAUUUCUUCCCUCGCUCUGUGCACGAGCUGGGGCAGGUGGCCAAUGGCGUGGGUGAUGUGGCUAGGGAAUUGACGAAACGAACACUCGACGGUCUCGCCAAUGUUGGGGAAGGUCUAGCAAAGCGAUCUGCCACAUACGAAGGAAUCGAGGAGGAUCAGAACCUGGCGCCAGUAAUGAACUAUGGCAUCGGCUUGACUGCGGUCCUCGUGGCCGCGGCCAUCUCCGGCUUGACUGGUGUCUAUUUUGAGAAGGUUCUGAAGGACCCCACGUCGCCCGUCUCGGUUUGGACUCGCAACAUCCAGCUGUCCUUUUAUUCGUUGUUUCCUGCCCUAUUCAUUGGGAUUUUCUACAAGGAUGGGGACGACAUUGCCAAGCACGGGUUUUUUGACGGCUACAACUGGGUUGUGUGGGCCUUGAUCUUGCUCCAAGCGUUUGGCGGUGUCCUAGCUUCGCUAUGCAUCAACUACGCCGACAACAUUGCUAAGAACUUCGCAACGAGCAUAAGCAUCGUCAUCAGCUUCCUGUUCAGUGUUUGGUUCUUCAAUGUCACGGUGUCCUUGACGUUCCUCAUUGGCACCGCCUUAGUCCUUGUAUCGACCUUCUUAUACAGUGGUCCGGAUCGAAAGCGGGGCCGACCUCCGCCGAUCAACAUCGUCAGUUACGAGAAGACUACGAUCGACCCCCUAAACACGCCGAGGUACACAGACGACAAGCUCGGUGUCCCAGAUCCUCUGGAAGCGGUCAAGGCGAUGGGGUUGUCGACAUCGAGACCAGCCUCGCCGCUACGCCACCACGUCCGGGUACCCUCAGCACGAGGAAAGAGGGAUGAAUGA